AUGCCCUCAGACGCCCCACCUUCCUACUACAAUGCGGUCACCCACUCGCAGCCCCAGGUCAACGUGACCAAUCCCAGCGGCGGAACCUCCGCGCCGUCGGCCACCGCUGGACCGGUCCACGACCUCGCUCUUGAGCGUCAGCGGUCCAAUGCCUCCACGGCAUCUUCCGCAUCGGACAACGACCACCUCGCUCCUGGGAUGACGGAAUCCGGUCGUCGGUCCAUGGACGACGAAGCGCGGGAACUGCCUUCUGGCUGGGUCAGGUGCUUUGAUCCUGCACAAGAACACCACUUUUACGUCGAUACAGCCACCAAGCGGUCCAUCUGGGUCCAUCCGUACGAUGAUCCGGAAUACCUCCAGUCCCUCCCCGACACCCACCCGGCUAAUCCUAACUCGGAUGAGGCGCGCGCGGUGCGUCACGCGGAGGAACAGGAGGCGAUCGCCAAGAAGGAAGGGCGGAACUGGUUUCAGCGCAAAAAGGAUUCAGUGAUCGGGACCAAGGAAGAGAGAGAGAAGGAGAAGGCAGACAAAAAAAAGAGGAGGGAGGAGGAGUAUAAGCGACAGUUGCAGGCGCAGCAGGAGUACCUCAAGAGAAGGCAGGAACUUAUCCGGAAACAAGCGGCCAACCCGAGUAUCAAUCGAUACUAUGCGUCGAACCCGUAUGGAUAUUCCAGCCCGCUCAGCCCGUAUUCUCGGGCGGGGAUGUAUGGGGGUGGAAUGGGAGGGUAUGGGUAUGGGUAUCCCGGAGGGUAUGGGCGAAGAGGGUACGGAGGGUACGGAGGGGGAAUGGGGAUGGGAAUGCCGCUGUUGGGCGGGCUGGGCGGAGGGUUGUUGUUGGGGUCCGCGAUGAGUGGAGGCUUUGGUGGUGGUUAUGGCGGGUAUGGAGGAGGCUUUGGCGGAGACUGUGGAGGCGGAUUCGGUGGUGGGGACAUGGGCGGUGGUGGCGGGGAUGGCGGUGGCGGAGGGAUGUAA